CUUAAAUGACGUCACGCUGGUAAUAUUUAACAGACUGAAAUCUAACCCAGCGGAUAACUUCAGUACCAGCUGCUCGAUGUUCUUGUAAAGAUUGGAUCAAAACGUCCCCACACAGAGCCACGUACUGGACAGGCGGGGAAGGAACGACAUCUUGUUUCUAGUGUUUUCCUUGGAUUUCAGCUCCGAAGCAACCUAGCCGGUUUGCUAAGCUAAGCUAACGUUGAGAGGCUAACCUUUUCUGUGAGUUUGCUAGCCGGGGAGUAAGCAACAGAGUCUCGACAAAACUUGUCCAUUCACCAGACUACCCAACGUUUGCCAGUAUGGAAAACAAAUACAACCAGAAGAGUCCUGCGGUGAAGAGGCUGAUGAAAGAAGCUGCUGAAUUGAGGGAUCCCACUGAGCACUACCAUGCUCAGCCACUGGAGGAUAACCUCUUUGAAUGGCACUUUUCUGUGCGUGGGCCCCCAGACUCAGAUUUUGAUGGUGGGGUUUACCAUGGCAGGAUCAUACUUCCCCCAGAGUACCCCAUGAAGCCCCCCAGCAUCAUCCUCCUCACACCAAAUGGAAGAUUUGAGGUUGGGAAAAAGAUCUGUUUGAGCAUCUCUGGCCACCAUCCUGAGACCUGGCAGCCAUCGUGGAGUAUCCGAACUGCCCUAAUAGCUAUAAUCGGAUUCAUGCCUACGAAAGGAGAGGGUGCAAUAGGAUCUCUUGAUUAUACUCCAGAAGAGAGGAGAGCCCUUGCCAAAAAAUCCCAGGACUUCUGCUGCGAAAGCUGUGGCUGUUCCAUGCACUCAGCCCUCCUGGCUCUGGACCCCAACGGUAACCCAAGCGCUGAGGAUGACAAGGCCAAAGAACUGGCUCAGCAAAUCAACUUUAAGGCAGAGUCCAGCUCCCCCAGACAGGCAAGUGCAAGUGAAGUUGCUGAGAGUGAGCCUUCAACAUUCACCCAGGAAAACGCCUCCGUCUCUGCUGAAAGACCCCAGACUGAGCAGUCAGAGUCAUCUCCAGCGGCAGAAGUAGAGGGACCCCAGACCCCCACCGACACCAGCUCCGGCCGGCCCAUGAGCCCCCGGCAACGGCGUGCCCAGCAGCAGGGCCUGAGGGACGGCAGAGAGUCGGCCUCUAGCAGAGCUUCCUUUGCCCCGGCUCCUCCACAGCAUGCAGUCGAAAGCCACGCCGGUUCUGUCGUCCUCAUCGUGCUGCUCACUCUGGCUUUGGCUGCACUUAUCUUCCGCAGGAUCUACCUGGCAAACGAGUACAAGUUUAACUAUGAUUUGUGAUGCCCCCCCCCCAGGCUGAAGCAGAGCUGAGGCAUAGCUAACACUGACUGUCUGCCCUCCCUACUCAGCAGCAGAGGGUUUGGCCGCUGGUAGGAGGGGAGGCGCUCCACUCACCACAAAAUCUCCAGGGUGUCUUUCAGUCCAUGUGAAUUUUACUCCCCAGAGCUUCAUGUGUUUUCCAGAAGAGGAGACUUUGUUGUUUGUGAUGAGUUCAGCAGCCACCACACGCCCCCCUUCUGUAACUGUCUAUCUUAGGGCUGUACACUUAAUUAAAUCUGAAUUAAUGGGGGAUUUUUCUCUGAAUAAUUUUUUACUGAUGAAAUUCUCUACAUGAGCUGAAAUGUGUUCCUGUGUUUCAAAUUCCCAGCAGGCCGGCUCAGUGGGCAGGGAUCAGUUUUAGUGGUUGACCCAACCAGCAGAAAGGUCAACGGAAGUCAUUGUGUCACAAAAACCAGAACCUGACGCGUAGGCCUGGCUACAGCUUUUAAAUCGGAAGCAGCAGGUUUAUCAUCACGUUUCUGCUGCAGCAGAAGCUUCCCUGCUCUCUUCAGGGAUACUAGCAGCACAACAGGUUCAAAACUUCAGGAUCAGGCCGUCCAGUAGCUGGUGUCUGAUCGGUUUGGUGAUGGUAUGCAGGAUGGUUUUGUUGGGUCUCAACUCUACUAAAUAUGUUAAUGGUUGUCUCUGCAGUCUCAAGCCUACUUUAGCUGCCCACAACAAACUCUACUCAUUGUAAGAAAAAGAAGUACCACGUUUUUAAAAAUAAGACUCAAACCUAACCCUUUUUCACAAGAGCCUUCUGUACAGGAAGCAGUGUGAGAUCCUGCAGUCCAGCAGAUGUUAGCAGCCACCCGGAAGCAGAAAUGCUAACACGUAGCAUAGCAACAUGACGGGAGAAACUCUGCUACAAGCAUCGGCAUCCAGACCAAACACAGUUUAAACCCCAGCAGUUCUAUGGGAACGUAAAGAAACAUGAGAACAUCUCUGUCCACUUUAGAGCUUCUGAUCAUUUCUCCACACAAAUAAGGACUCACAUGAAAGCAGCGACUCUGCUGUUACAAAGAUGACUGCCUCAUCAGCAGCCAAAGGGUAGCAAAGAAAAACAGUAGUUUAACAAUAUAGUUCAACCCCUAAAAUAGUUUAGGUGCACAAUACAAGUUCAUGAAAUAUUAACCUUAAAUCUUUAAAAAACCUUACACAAAACCACAUCAAAGUGUUUUUAGCUCAGUUUUCUUAGGUCUGAUUAGUUUUUAAAUCUGUUUCCUUUCAGAUUUAAUGGGUUAGGAUGAUAUACAUAUGAUGGUUUGUAGUGUCUCAUUAAAGUCGUUCUAUUUACAGUUUAAA